UCGCCGAAGCCUCGAAGCGUUUGCUCCGGACAGACCAAACCCUCACCUUCGUUCUCUCGCUAAAGUUCUUGCGCAUUCCAAACAGAUCCCCACGCGACCCUGUCUACUGCCCCGUCUAUUAUGAAUUAUGCAGAAAUUGGAAUAGCAGGCCUCAGAGACCAAGCAAUCCCUUGAAUCGAAGAUCCCGAGGUUGCGCCGCGCUGGAGAUUAGGUCGGGUUAGGGCUUAUAGGAGUUGGGAACUUCUCAGCUUGAGUAGGAGUGAGGAGGUCGGGUAGGAGACAUGGACAACUACUUGAAGGAAAAUUUCGGGUACGUGGAGUAUAACUCGUCGGAGGAGGCGCUCCAGAGGUGGCGAAAGGCGUGCUGGUUGGUGAAGAACCCGAAACGUAGGUUCCGGUUCACGGCUAAUCUGAGCAAGCGAUCGGAAGCUGAUGCUAUUCGUCACACGUUUAAGACAAAUUUUAGGGUUGCUGUCAUAGUUUCGCAGGCUGCAAUUCAGUUCAUCCAAGGACUGAGUGAUUACAAAGUACCUGAAAAUGUCGAGGCUGCAGGAUUUCAAAUUUGUGCAGAAGAAUUGGAAUCCAUUGAUGAGGCCGACGAUGAGAAAAAACUAAGAAGUCAUGAGGAAAAACCGGUGAUCAGAAACGGUCUUAGACGAAAACUAUCUACAUAUGAUCUUCUUCCAGGCGAUAUUCUCCAUCUUAACAUUGGGGAUCAAGUGCCAGCUGAUGGACUUUUUAUUAGCGGGGGUUCCCUCUUGAUAAAUUUAUUUAGUUUAACUGGAGACAGCAAACCCGUACAUGCUAGCGGUGUCGGUAUUCCUUUUCUUCUCCCUGGAAAGGAAGUUCAGUAUUUGAUCACGCAAGAUGCUUGUGACCCCUGUUCGAAUGACAGCGCCUGCGCCUCUGACGACCUCAUCUGCCUGCUCGUCCGCGACCUUGACUCCUGCUGCCUUGACAAGCAGAAGCAGGCUGCCCUCAAGAUCAGGUGCCUCACCAAGAACAAGCCCGAGAACCGUGUCCGCAUUGCCCGGGCCGGUGCGAUCAAGCCUCUCAUCACUCUCAUCUCGUCCUCCGAUCCUGAGGUGCAAGAGUACAGCGUCACAGCGAUUCUCAACCUCUCGCUCUGCGACGAGAACAAGAAGAUGAUAGCAGCGUACGGUGCGAUAAAGCCGCUGGUGAGGGCCCUGAGGGAGGGGACGUCGACGGUGAAGGAGAACGCGGCGUGCGCGCUGCUCCACCUCUCGCAGAUCGAGGAGAACAAGGUGGCGAUCGGGCGGUCUGGGGCGAUCCCGCUGCUGGUGAACCUCCUGGAGAGAGGGGGGUCACGGGGGAAGGAGGACGCCUGCACGGCGCUCUACUUACUCUGCUCCGCCCAGGAGAACAAGGGGAGGGCGGUGCAGGCGGGGGUGAUGCAGCCGCUGGUGGGGCUGAUGGCAGACCUGGGCUCGAGCAUGGUGGAGAUGGCGGUGUCUGUGGUGAGCAGGCUGCUGGGGGCGGUGGAGGCGAGGGUGGCGCUGGUGGAGGAGGAGGGGAUACCGGUGCUGGUGGAGCUGGUGGAGGUGGGGACGCAGAGGCAGAAGGAGAUCGCAGUGGGGGUGCUGUUGCAGCUCUGCGAGGAUAGCGUUGAGUACCGGACGAAAGUAGGUCUGGCGGGGGCGGUUCCGCUCCUCAUGGCCCUCGCUCAGUCCGGCGCCAAUCGCCGAAAGCAAAAGGUGAAAAAAUUGAUGGAACUUCUACGGCAAUCGUGAUCCAGUGACACCACUGCUAGGACAUCAGAGCUUCUUGGUUUAUAUUUUUGCACGAUCUCGCGGUAUUCCAUGACGUCUAAUGAUAAGUGUAUAAUUUGGAAUCAUUAGGUCAAGCUUCCUUUUUAUGAAUAAAACUUUUACUUUAUUAAUA